CGCCCCCUGGGUCGCGCGGCGCCCGCACCCUGCAGGGACGGCUGCGGCGUCGCUGGGACACGCUCAGGCGGGAAGUCACAGAAAGUUAUUUCCCUCGCCAACAGCUAGGUUCCGAGCGGCAAGAUGGUGCCCAACUUGCCCCGCGCGCUCUUCCUGCUGCUGCUGCCGCUGCUCGCCUGCCCCGCGUCGCGGGCUUCCCAGAACUGUCUGAACAAACCGCAGCUCCUCACGGCCAUCCGCCAGUUGCAGCAGCUGCUGAAGGGCCAGGAGACGCGCUUUGCCGAGGGCAUCCGCAGCAUGAAGAGCCGGCUGGCCGCACUGCACAGCUCUGUGAGCAAGGUGGCCCCGGACGCGCCCCCAGCUUCCUGCCCGGCUCUGAGUGCCCCUCCGGAUGGCAGGAAGUUCGGAAGCAAGUACUUAGUGGAUCACGAAGUCCAUUUUGCCUGCAACCCUGGGUUCCGGCUGGUUGGGCCCAGCAGCGUGGUGUGUCUUCCGAACGGCACCUGGACAGGGGAGCAGCCCCACUGCAAAGAUGUCAGCGACUGCGCCAGCCAGCCCUGCCAAAACGGCGGAACGUGUGUAGAAGGAGCCAACCAGUACAGAUGCGUUUGUCCUCCGGGAAGGACGGGGAAUCGGUGUCAGCACCAGACCCAGACUGCUGCCCCCGAGCGCACCACAGCCGGCGACUCCGCCUUCAGCCGCGCGCCGCGCUGUGCGCAGGUGGAGCGGGCACAGCACUGCAGCUGCGAGGCCGGAUUCCAUCUGAGCGGCGCCGCGGGCGGCGACGGCGUCUGCCAGGAUGUGAAUGAGUGUGAGCUCUACGGGCAAGAGGCGCGUCCCCGGCUCUGCAUGCAUGCCUGCGUGAACACCCCCGGCUCCUACCGGUGCACCUGCCCCAGCGGGUACCGGAUCCUGGCUGAUGGGAAGAGCUGUGAGGAUGUCGAUGAGUGUGCGGGCCCGCAGUCCAUGUGCCCCCAGGGGACCACGUGCAUCAACACAGGUGGAGGCUUCCAGUGUGUCAGCCCCGAAUGCCCCGAGGGCAGCGGCAACGUGAGCUACGUGAAGACGUCUCCGUUCCAGUGUGAGCGAAACCCCUGCCCUAUGGACAGCAGACCCUGCCGCCACAUGCCCAAGACCAUCUCCUUCCACUACCUCUCUCUGCCCUCCAACCUGAGGACGCCCAUCACGCUCUUCCGCAUGGCCACGGCCUCAGCCCCUGGCCGACCUGGGCCCAACAGCCUGCGGUUUGGGAUCGGGGGAGGGAACAGCCGUGGCCACUUCGUGAUGCAGCGCUCCGACCGGCAGACUGGGGAGCUGAUCCUCGUCCAGACCCUGGAGGGGCCGCAGACGCUGGAGGUGGAUGUUGACAUGUCAGAGUACCAGGACCGCUCCUUCCAGGCCAACCACGUGUCCAAGGUCACCAUCUUUGUGUCCCCCUAUGACUUCUAAGGUACCCUGGGAGCACCCAGGCCUGGAGAUCUGGGCUGAUGGCUCAUCCCCAAAGACUCCACUGUGGGUGCUGUCACAGAUGUCUGUCCCCCACACUAGCCCACUUGCCUGUUCACCCAGGAUUCUAGGGUAGCACUGCCCCAUGGUGUGGCAUAGGAGGGCAGACCCAAUACCCAAACUGCUGCCAUCAUGGUUUUUGGUCCUGCGUUAAGGCCCUUCUCCCCUUAGAUUAUGCACUAACCUCUUCAAACCUUCCUUAUCUUUCAGGGCACAGGCAGCUUUCCCAAAUAGCGUGUGCGUGGCGCCACGAGUUUGAACUCUAAGGGGGAGGGAAAAGCCGAUGGUGUGUCUGAGAUGCCUGUCAGCCCUUCUGCAUUGUGACAGCCAAGCCUCGUUAGGAAUCAUGUGGUUCCAGCGCUGCUGGGGGUCCAGCCGUGCCCCCGUGCACAUGCUUGGGGUGGAGCCUCCUCCCAAGCCCCAUUGUGUGGUUCUUGUCUGCAUCCCCUUGACAUACCCGCUGGGCGUCUCAUUGGAGGUCCACGAGGGGGCCUGUGAACCCCACCCAGGUUGUUGUAGGACAGGGAAGCCACAGGCAGGCGCAGAGUCUGCCUGAAUUCCUUCCCUUUUGAGAAAUCCCAUCUCAAAACAAACCUACGAUUAUAACCAUAGAACGAACCCUUGUUGCUCCAUCCAUGCGGCCCCCCUGCCCUCUCCCUGCAUGUGAGAGCCAGUUCCUUCCAGGAGGGGCUAGCUGGCUCUCUUCCCCUCUCGGAUGGACACACUGGAAUACAUGAAGGAGGGAGAAGUGCACAGAGGCGACGUUUGGGGUUGCUCCAUCGAUGCAAAUUUCUCUUGGCCACGUGGGAGGUUGGUAAGGGGGACCUCGGGCCACAGGACACAUGAGAAAAUACUCGCUUUGUUAUUGAUUCUACCACGGCUUUCCACUUCUGAUGGGAGAAGCCAGGGGUGAUGUCCCCCAGGUACCUGAGGAAGGCGCACGCUGGCCAGGGCUGAGAGUGAAGCAGGGUGGCAGGGAGACCACUCAAGGGAAAACUUAAAAGCCAGCUGGGCCAUCAGAACAUUUUCAACACCCAAGUCCGUGUUCAGCUAUGGGUGAGGUUUCCUCGCACAGAUUUUGUUGUGAAACUCAUUGUAUUAGCCCUGCUAUAAGAUCGGGCUGGAGGAAGUGUGUUGUUUGUCUAGCCAUUGGGCCCCAGAUGAAGGUGGUUUCUAGGAAGGUUUAUCCGUGUCCUAUUUUUUUCCCCACAUUUAAGAAUUGCAUUUGCAAUAGUCUUUUUUCCAUGGGCUCAGCUGCAGCCUUGUUCUGACAAUAGAACAAAGGCCUGCAAACCUGCCUUUCUGAGUUGCAGCAAGAACUUACUAGAACAUUAUCCACAGUCUUAUAUCUUCAAAUGGUGCUACGGUGGGUCAGCAGCCUGCACACCACCCAGCCCCUGUCCCAGUUCUGAUGGGAGAGUCCAAGGACCUGGGCAUGCUCCUGAGAGUGAGAUGUCACCGGGAUGGGGUCUUCCUUCCUGCUGGGGCUGGGGCUGCUUCACAGGGACAAGCCUGUCCCCUCCCAGCAGGCAAGGGGUGGUUUGGAAGUCUACAGAGCAGGUGCCCCACCUAAACUGGGGUGUGCUCAUGGCCUUCAUGCCAACCAGGCCCAAUCUAAAGCAACAGUUUGCAUCACUCAGCUCUGCCCUGAUCAAACCAACUUCCCAUGUGUAGAGUUACACACGGAGCCCUGUCCCCCAGAUGGCACCACAAUCUGAAUGCCUGACUGCUUGGGACCCUCGCUUGUGGGGCGUGGCUGGGCCCUUCCCCCGGAUAAUGUCCUCUAUACUCCCCUGUGGAAACCAACUUCUGCUUUGUCCUUUCGUAGCUCCUACCUGUGCUGAGCCAGGCAGUUAGUGGUUAACAGGUAUUAGUUUGCACUCCCUUCCAGGUAAUAUGGUUCUUUGUCCUGUGAGGGGGGCCUUGAAAACCUUUUGUUAUGUAAAAUUGCAAUUAUGUACAAAACUGGAGAGACCAGGAUAAUGAAUCCCACGUGUGCGUGAAUCACCAGCCUCAGCGCUGAGCACACAGCCAACCUUGCUUCAUGGGCUCUCGGCCCGCCCGCCGAGGAUCCUGCAGGAGAGCCUGGACAUCAUGUCGCUUCAUCUGUAAAAAUUUCAGCAUGUUUCUUGCAAAGGAAAGACACUUAAAACAGGCAUAACCUCAAUGCCGUCCCCAUCUGAAAGAAUUAACAGUAAUUCUUUAACACCUUCAAAUAUUGUCACUGUUGCAAUUUCUCCGAGUGGCUCCUGAGUUCUUUGGCUUGUUUGCCUGAGCUAGACUCGUGCCCUGUAAUUUAUGGACAGGUCUCUUCUAUCUCCUUCUAUCUGUAGCAGCAGUCGUCACUCUUCGGUGCCUACUGGAACAGGCUGCGUGCCUUGGAGGCGGACUGCUGGGUUCUUUAUGCUACAGAAUUUCUCACGGGCUCUCUUUCCUGAGUGUCUCUCUGUGGCAUCUUUUUACCUGGACCUCUGUCCUCUCUCUCUCUUUUUUCUGCAUCGGUAGGUGUUCCUGCAGGUGUAACACAAUCCAAGCUAGGUUUAUUUUGGCAAGACCAUGUUACUGGUGGUGAUGGUACCUCAGCAGCAGAGCUGUGCGUGGUUACGGCAGAGACUCGUCGCAUAUGGAGAGGCUGCACUUACGGUUCCGGUGCUAUGGUUUGGUUCUUGUUCAUUGACUGGCCGAUGUACUUUAUAGAAAGAAACAUCCUUUCCUCGGUUAUUCGGCUACUCUGAGAUUGGGGUUAUACGACGGAAGCAGAGCAAAGGCACUUCUUGACUUUUCCCCCUUCACUUUCCAGCUCUCCAAACGAGCUUGUUCUCUGGCAUCGCCUCAGGGUGUCCAAUGAGAGCUGUUUUCUUCUUUGAGUACAUUAUGAGAUCACGGUUGAUGCGUUUCAACCACUAUCUCUUCACUGUUGCUUAGAGUGUCCUAUUUUUGGCCCUUGGGAGCUGUUUCCGAUUGGCCUGUUCUGUUUGACACAGCCCUAGUAGUCCUUGGAAGUUUCCUGGUUGAGUAACAAGGUGUUUCAGGCUCACUUUGUGUAUUUUCUGCCCCUGCCCUAAAUCAGCCACCCCCUCCCUUCCCAGAGAACCCCCUGCCCCUUCUAGAGGGGAACGGUCCUUAGAGAUCAAGAGCUGGGUGCAAGGGCUGCUCACUGCUCGCCGUGAGGGACUUUGCUUCCAGGCCGCAGUGGACAGAGCUAGGAAAUACAAGUGUGGACUUUCAGUAGUUCUUACAUUUCCAUUUUUCAAACAUGAAACACCACCUGAGUUUAUGCUGGUACCUUCAGUUCAACUUAGGACCACAGUGGGUUUUUUGUGUUUGUUUUGUUUGUGUGUAAGUUCACCAGUCCUCUCUCUGCUCAUUCCAAAAGCUGUUAAAAGACACCACAGAGAUGCACUCCUUCUCACAUCACAGUGCACAUGUUUACAAACUGUCAGAAAAACAGUGCCAGCAUACUCCUGAGAACAGGGUAAAAUGGUUCUUGUGCUUUAUGGCACUGAGGGCGUACUGGGCACUUGCUGUUUGAAAGUCACUCGUACUAGUUCCUCUCUCUGUGGUUAUGUUCCAAACUGUAAUCAGGAUUCUUUCACUUCAUUUUGCUGAAAUUUUUAGAGAUGACUUUUUAAUUCUAAUUUUGUUUUAUGAUUCUGUAACUGUUUACAUGGUUCCAAAGUCAAAUCCAAAAACUACGAUGUGUUCAGAGAAGUCCAUCUUCUGACCCAUCUUCCACCCUAAUUCCUCCUUUUGCUGCAGAUAAUAACUUUUUUCCCUUUUACCCUUCCAUGUUAAAAAAAAAAUGUAAAGCAAAUGAGAAAUGGAAGCAUACUACUCCACGCUCUUGUUGACUUUGAUUCUCUUUUUGCUUAACAAUGCAUUGGGUAUCACUCCAUAGAACUGUAUCGUAUAUUCUCUAUUAUCAAGUGCUCUGUUCUGAGAACAUACCAUUGUUAUUCAGCCAGUCACUCCUGACUGACUGGGUUGUUUCCAGUCCUUUACUAUUAAAAAUAUUGCAGCAAUA